AUGUCUCAACUACAAGCCGGGUAUCACCUACAAGUCCUCUCGCAGAUGCGCCUUCGGUCUUCGCAGGCCUCCAAGAUGCUACUCAACAGCACGAAUCCGGCAAGCACGCUUGAGGCCCAGUCGCAAUAUGGGCUUGUUAGCGAACUGGCAUGCGACGCACCAGUCGCCGCAGACGCGCGAGGAUUGCCAAACAUUCCUAUGUCUACAUCUUAG